UAUUGAAAUACGCUCUAAAUCGAAAUCCAUGUUUGUAGCGAAGCGUAACGUGAGUUUGUCUGGUGACAGUUUGUAGUGUAGAUUGCUGUUCAAGUUAUUGGCGAUGGAUCCUCUUCUUUCCACCGUAACUUUGAAUGUGAAGAGAGGCAAACUCCGGGUUGAAAGCCCUGAAGGACGAGUGAAACAGGUAAACAAAAUAGAGAGAAUUGCGUUGCAGAAUCCAGCAUAGUUUAAGUCAUGUCCUAGUGUAUGCUCUGUCAGCGUAUUAUAUGUUACAUGAUAUUCAGGCAAAUGUUUCCCAAAUCUCUUGCAUGUUUUACAUUUUGCUUACAAGUAUUUUGCUAUCAUUUUUUUAGCUGCUAGAAGAUGCUGAAAUUCAAUUUGAUCCCAUGCUGGAAGAAAUUGGAAAUUCGACAAUAACACGAGAAAUAUUAAUGUGGGAAGACCAUUAUUUCUACUCCGAGGAUCUUAUUGAGAAAUAUCGAGAUGAUACACUACCGUACGAUCUUUGGGGCAGUGCUUGUUCGCUUAACUCGAACUCAGAUGCUGAUUCAGAAAGCAGCUCUAUAACAGACGAAGCAGUGUUAGCAGUGGAAGCGAUCAGGUCAACCUUUCUAGAGAGUCAAGCAUGCUCAUCAGAUUCAGAUAGUGAGGAGAUCACAUGUAAACACUUUGGCAUCGCUAAUACAUCAAUCAGCCUUAAGAAGAUCGAAAGACCGAAGAAGAAUGAGAGCAAAGCCACUGCAAUAAAUAAUUCAUCGCGUAAAGUGAUGCCAAGCUUGCCAGCCGGUCUACCACUGGUCAUUACUACAACUCUAGCAGAUUCCCAAGAUAAUAAAAGUCGUGCUGAGUUAAAACCACUCGCUGAUGUGAAUGCACGGGGAACAGGACGUAAGAAAGCUUUAGCUAGAACUCACUCAUGUACCUACCCGGGUUGUGAUAAGUCUUAUACAAAAAGCUCGCAUCUUAAGGCACAUUUAAGAACACAUACUGGGGAAAAACCUUAUCAAUGCAAUUGGAAAGGUUGUAGCUGGCGUUUUGCUCGCUCUGAUGAACUCACAAGACAUUAUCGUAAACACACAGGAAUCAAACCAUUUAGAUGUCCAACAUGCAGUCGAAGUUUUUCGAGAUCUGAUCAUUUAUCACUACAUAUGAAGAGACAUUAUAAUUAAUAUCAUAAUUGGAUGUAAAAUGUCAUAACAACUAGGUAUAAUUAUUUGCAAUUUCACAAUAAUCUGUAUAAUAAUUAGGUGUUUAAUAUGUGCACUUUGGGUGCCAGAGAGUAUAUAUAUAUUGAAGAAUUGUAUAGUUUUAUUCCAAUUGAACACUGAGAGUAUAAUAAGGAAUAUUUUGUUGUAAAAAGACUGAAUAUAUUAAUAGAAAAGCUUGAGAUUUACCCAGAUUGCUUUUU